AUGAGUGACCCAAAGUCCAACAAUCCCAGCCUUGAAAAAACAGAAACAAUUGACUUGGAAGAGCCGAGAGCAACCAAGGUUACUUUGGACUCCUCUACAUUCGAAUUAUUUACAGAAAAGGACGCUGAUAUAGCAUAUUUACAGAAAUCAAAACUCAUUGCCGACACAAUCCAAGAAAUUGGUUUCGGUCGUUAUCAAAUUGGAUUAUUUUUUGUUGCCGGUUUCGGAUGGUUGGCCGAUAAUGCAUGGCCCGUGGCCACUAGUCUAAUCCUACCUAGACUAAUUGAAGUUGAUGGAGUGCAUUAUCCACCACAUCGUGCCCCUUAUUUGACCCUUGCUCAGAAUUUUGGAUUACUUGCUGGUGCGUCAUUUUGGUCCUUAUCGUCUGAUAUAAUUGGCCGGAGGUGGGCAUUUAAUUUGACAUUCAUCAUCACUGGUGUAUGGGCGGUGGUUGCCGGUGGUUCGCCGAAUUUUGAUGCUAUUGCUUGUUUUGUUGCAUUUUGGAGUUUUGGCGUUGGUGGGAACUUACCUGUUGACUCUGCAAUAUUUUUAGAGGCAUUACCAGGAACUUACCAGUGGUUGUUAACUGUGAUGUCCGGGUGGUGGGCACUAGGGCAGAUUAUUGCAAAUUUACUCUCGUGGGGUUUAAUUGGGAAUUAUUCUUGUUCUGAUCUGGACAAUUGUAAAAAGGUGGAUAAUUGGGGUUGGAGGUAUUUUUUGUUUACUUUGGGUGGAUUAACUUUGUUGAUGUUUGUUGCUAGAUUUGCCUUUAGAGUGUUUGAAUCGCCAAGAUAUUAUUUGGCAAGAGGACAAGAGAAGGAAGCCAUAAAGACGUUGGAAAAGAUAGCUAGUGUCAAUGGUAAACUGUGCUUGUUAACAUUGGAAGAUUUUAGAAACAUUGAUGAAAAGUACCAAGAUAAUGACAUUACCACUACUACUACUGCUGCUGCUGCUGCUGCUGCUGCAAAUACUACUACAAAUACUACUCCCCAAAAGAAUCUCUUAAUUAAGGAGAAAUUAACCAAUUACAAUUUUUCACAUAUUCGUCAAUGCUUUGCUUCAAAAAAGUUGGCAGUAUCAAACUCGUUGAUUAUAUUUACUUGGGGAUUGAUUGGAUUAGCAUUCCCUCUAUAUAACGCAUUUCUUCCAUAUUACUUAGAAACACGAGGAGACGCAAACAAGCCUUUAAGCGUUUAUGAAACGUAUAGAAACACUUUAAUCGUCUCCGUAUUAGGGAUCCCUGGAGCAUUGAUAGCUGGUUUAUUAGUAGAAUUGAGAAUCGGCAGAAAGGGGACGCUAUCAAUGUCGUUACUCCUCACUGGAGUUAUGUUAUUUGCUUCAACAACAGCUAGAACCAGCAACUCAAAUCUAGCUUGGAAUUGUAUGUUUUCAUUCUUUUCGAAUAUUGCUUAUGGUGUAUUAUACGCAUAUACACCUGAGUGUUGUUUUGCUGAAAUCAGAGGCACAACAGUAGGUUUAGCCGCGUCAUUUAAUCGAAUCAUGGGAGUUUUCGCACCAAUAAUCGCCAUUUUCGCAGAUUUGACCACUUCUGCGCCUAUAUUCGUCUCGGGCGCAUUGUUCUUGCUUUCUGGCUUCUUGGUGUUGUGUUUUCCUUAUGAACCAAGGGGUAAAUCGAGUUUGUAG